AUGUCAAAGAGGCCAUCUGAUCUCACAAAAGAAAUCUUACUCUAUACUACGCUCUUGCUCGAUUACAUCUCAUACGCUUUCAAUCACUAUCUGUGCCUAUUCUUUCACUAUUUCUUUGGUUAUCCAGCACCUUCUACUCCGCACAUCCCCACAUCCACCUAUCAUCCUGCUGUGCUUGUAACAGGCACGUCUCUUGGGCUUGGUUGUAACAUUGCCCUGACUCUUGCAUGUCGAGGAUAUACGGUAUUUGCUACCGUUCGGAGGGUGGAAGAAUCCGAUGAACUGACUCGUCAGUUAUCAUUAUGUGAAAACGAAUAUCGCGGAAACCUAAUUCCAUUGGUAGCAGAUGUCAGCAACAAGGCCGAUGUGAUGAAGCUUCACAAUACCAUCAGAGCAGUGUGCAGAAAAAAAAUACCCUUUGUUGGCUUGAUUAACAAUGCCUCCCAGGUGAUAUAUUUACCAUCUGAAGUUGCGUCCGAGACGGCAUUUAGGGAAAGUUUUGAGACAAAUUUCUUUGCCGUGGUUAGUCUGACCAAGAUCUUCUUGCCAAUGUUGAGAGAAAGCAAUGGGAGAGUGAUCAAUGUGGGUAGCAUAUCCGCGUGGCAUUCGACUGCGGCUAUGGGUGUAUAUGCCAGCAGUAAAGCGGCAAUCAGGACGCUGAGUAGGAUUUGGCGACAAGAGCUGAAAGGGAUGGGUGUAGAUGUCGUGCUGGUUGAACCUGGUGCAAUAAAAACUCGCUUUACCCAGCAAGUACAACAAAACUUUCGGUCAUUUACAUCCUUUCCGAACAUGUCCCGAUAUCAUGAAAUUCCGCAAAACGUGAAAUCGACAGUGGUUCAAAAGUACGAACGUCAAUACCGCGCUAUUGGUAGAUAUUGCGAUGACCUGUUUGAAAAUGCGUCACCUCCUGGAUUAGCAAGUGAUGCCAUACUGAAUGCAUUGAUGGCCGCAUAUCCUAAAAGUAUUUAUUAUGUUGGAUUGGAUGCAAAACUGUUGGCUGCUAUGAAUUGGAUAUUGGGGGAGAGAAUUGUCGAGGCGAUUCAGGAAAGCGUUAUUGGAUAUUAA